ACAAAAGAAAAUUUUAGCACAAGAGAGCUUGGCAAUAUUGAGGCAUAAACGAUAAGAUUGAAGUGCUUGGUUGUUAUCUUUUGUUUGUUGACUUAUUUCAUUUCAUCGUACCAGUGAGAAAUCCCUCGUAUAUCCGCCAAUUACACAAAGUUCCAAGCGUCAUCCUUCUGGAAAAUGGAUGCAUUUGAACUACACGCCGUCUUAGCCGAUGGCACAUUUCAGUUUGUGGAGAUUGGCACAGGCUGUGCUGGGAAUGCGUACACGGACGACAACAUCAGUACGUCCAGCAGUAGCAAUGCUAGCAGUGAUGAUGACGAAGACGUGGAACUCAUCAUGCCCAUAUGUGCGUCCCGCAUUGUUGACCAAAGCCCGACUGAUCGCUGGUUCGUUGUACACUCGAUCGGUUCCGUCACAAGCAGACCAACAACGCUCAGCGAACGCCAAGGCUCCAACAACGCAGAGCCAGAAGAGAGAAUCAUUCUGGAGCAUUUCGACCCGCAAUCGUCCGUCCCUGGGAUCAUCUCAGACAAUUCAAAGUUCCUCGGCAUUCAGUACAUCAACGGCAAGGACGGCUUGCGAACUGAAGUAGGCUUGGUUGGCCUAGAAGACGGCCAGCUCCCUACUAGCACGCAGGAGAUUAUUUGGCGUAGACGUGUUGUUGACACGAUGACUCUGUACCCAACGUACACACUGUAUCCGGACUUCAGCGAUCGUGUCGUGCUGUGUGUAGCACCGGGAAACUCAAAUCCACUGCGUCUGGCACCACUGGGAAGCGAUGCACAGUUUGUUACCGAGUUUCUGUUUGACCCAGCCAUCGUCCAUGAGGAGUCUUCAUCAGUGUGACAGCUGCCCAAACCAUCCUUGACCUAGGGCGCGUGAAGUCUCAGCCCAUCCUCUGUCAGAGACUAUGCCUCCCAACUGACUAGGCAGUGACAGGACUUACAAGCUGUUGAAGAAACGCCUCUCAUUCACUUUAGACACAUGCCGGCUCUUUGGCUGCGUAAUCUCAACAUUAAUUUUAUCUAUACAAUGUACAUACUAUGCAGUUUGCGUGCACUUCAUUACUGUGUUUAGCAAUUCUCUUUAUUAACUACUGCCGAAGGACUCUCCAAAGAUUCAGUCAGUUGCUACUUUAUUCAUCCCCAGGCACUUUCGCACCAUUCUGAACUAUUCUAUCCAACAUUAUCUGCUUGAAUCCUGACAUAUCGUUAAUGGAGCUGCUCGGAAUGAAGCCCUCCUCUCAUCUUGGUAUACUCCAUUUUGAAGACGUAUUUUAAUAAUAUAUUAUUUUGAUCUUGACUAUACUAGUAACCAGCUCCCGCAAUGCUCUUCCAUUCCAAUCAGUUUGCUGUGCAUCAUGUACUUCGAGUACAAUGUACGACUACAUGA